GAAACGUAAAUGUCAGAACGGUUGGUAUAGGCGAAUGCCACUCUGUUUGUCUCUUUCGUAUGGUGCUCUGUCGUGCAGCGAACAACAGCGAACGAAGAAAAAGAAGAAGAAGAGUACAGCAACAACACAAGAAAGUUAUAAGAUGCCAAUAGAGAAAAGAAUGCUGACCACCAAUUGUCAUUAUUACGUUAAGUCACAAUCACUGAAAAUCACAAACAAUUUUUUUUUUCGCUUAGAAUUUCAUUCCCAACAAAAUAGAUUGCCAACAAUAAGAGUAUGCUUUUAAGCAUAUUCACCACGACGAAACAAAAACAAUGUUUAGUUCUUUGAAAAGGUUGUGUUAAUUGUGUAAAAAAAAAGACAGAUAAAAAAGAACGUCUUGGUGAUUCUUUGUGGUGUCCUAUGUUAUGUAUAUAUCCUGAUGAACAUUCCUAAUCUGUGAUAAAUCGAUUUUCGUGCACGUUUUUUUCAUUCCUGUGAACUGUAUGGAACAUUUAUUGAAACAUUCAAGAAUAUUUUGUGUUGUAUAUUUUUUUUCCUGUAAAAAUUCCUUUGAAAUUUCGAUGAAUGUGCAAUUGUUUAUAAAAUGCCUUCGAGCUAAAAUUGUUUAGUUGUUUUUGUAUAAAAUUUCCGAAAAUGAUGUAAUAUUUUGUUUGAAUCAAGUAAUUAUUUGAAAAAAAGGACCUAAAGUGAAGAAUCGUUUUAAAAAUUUAUGUAUUUGUAAAAAAAGAAUAAUAUUGCACAUUGUAUUUUCACACGUGAAUCAAUAAAAUGGCAUCGCAUCACUCACAGUCACUAUCCGAUCCAAAUUACUUGCUUCGAAUGCAAAAUUUGCGAUUAAAUGAUGAUACCGCGAAUAAUGUAUUGCCAGUGUCACAUCGACGUACCAGUUCAUUGAAUGGUGCCGCUGAAAAUGAAAUCGGUUUGAAUAACAAAGCACCGGUUGCCAAUGCAAUUCGAAUGCCCCCAUCGGACGAUGACUACAAGCUAUAUGAUCAGAAUAAAUUUAUUACCGCAUCGAAAUUGACAGGGCCAAAAUUACAAUCGCCCAAACAUCAAGUGAAUGUGGCUAAAGGACCGACGGUUUAUCGUAAUAACGCAAGUCCAACGCAUUCGAUUUCACAGCAAUCAGUGUAUGAGAAUAUUGACUAUUACAAUCCGGCGAUUCCGGUGACACAACAGCCAUUACCGCCACCUCCGCCGGCUUAUAGCCACUAUGUGUCGAGUAUGAGUAAGCCAAGCAUCGGCUGCGGCACCUAUGAAGUCAUCGGAAAUAAAAUCCAAUCGAAUGGCAGCUCAUUGAACCGUUUCACUCACACGCCGCAGCCUGACGACAGUGAUCCGUCGCACAUUUAUGAAAAUUUGGGCAAUGUUUCCACUGCACCACGGGCUAAAUCCAAUAUUCCACCUCCACUACCGGCAAAGCCGAAACAGUCGAUGUACGCACAAAUCAGCGGAGAUACAUCAGGAACGUAUGUUCAGCCGCAGUCAAUAUUGCCACCAAGCUAUGCUAGACAGCCACAGUCUCCCACGCAUGUCGCAUCACCGAUAAAAACCUAUGGCAACGUUGAUACGGUUGGCGCGGUUAAAUUACAAUAUUCCAAUCCACGUGCCAAUAUUGCGAAUCAAUCGAUUUCCAGCUCAUUUGAACAUCAGAAACAUCCUUCGUAUUUAGCAAAAUUGCAAAACCAAGAGCCACUUCCACCAUUCCCUGGGACAAUGAAUGUAUCAAUGAAUCCGAACUACAUCGAAGAUCUAAAUGGCUCUGACUAUGUUUGCAUGACACGUUCUACGCCACAGUCGGUGUCAAAAUUGGCUUCGUUAAGUGCAGUUCCAACCGCGCAUCGAGCCUCUCCAAUAAACUCGACGGCAAUCAACCCGACCGCCAUGCAAUUAACUAGUAAAAAUCUACAAACUUUGCAACAAGAGCAAUUAAAUGCCAGCAACAGAUCGCAGUUGAAUCCAGUUGAAGCCGAAAAGGCCACAUCCAUUUCGCCAACGCCAUCACAACUUAGCAGCAAUUCCAAUAAACAAAAAGGUCUUCCGGCGAAACCAUUAUUGCCGUACAACGUGACACCCCGACCAGCCGGCAAAACGGAGGCCGAGCGAAAAAUUGAGGAACUCACUAGGCAAUUGGAAGAGGAAUUGGAACGCAACGAAGAGCAAGGCGAAUACUUUGGCAUUUGUCAUACUUGCGGCGAAAAAGUGACCGGCGCUGGAGCGGCCUGUCAAGCAAUGGGCAAUUUAUACCACACAAAUUGCUUCAUUUGUUGCUCGUGCGGUCGAGCACUGAGAGGAAAAGCAUUUUACAAUGUACACGGUCGCGUUUAUUGCGAAGAGGAUUACAUGUACUCCGGUUUUCAACAAACAGCAGAGAAGUGUGCCAUUUGUGGACAUUUGAUCAUGGAAAUGAUUCUGCAAGCGAUGGGUAAAUCAUAUCAUCCUGGUUGCUUCCGCUGCUGUGUGUGUAACGAAUGCCUGGAUGGCGUUCCCUUUACUGUUGAUGUGGACAAUAAGAUAUAUUGUGUGAACGACUAUCAUAGCAUGUUUGCACCGAAAUGUGCCAGCUGUGGCAAAGGAAUAACACCAGUUGAAGGUACUGAGGAAACGGUUCGUGUGGUGUCAAUGGACAAAGAUUUCCACGUUGACUGUUAUGUGUGUGAGGAUUGUGGUAUGCAGCUAACUGACGAGCCGGAAUCGAAGUGUUAUCCAUUUGAAGGUCACUUGAUGUGUCGAACAUGUCAUUUACAACGAAUUUCCAUGAAUCCGAUUAUGAGUCAAAAUGAACCCGUUUGCGCCACUUAUCAAUACAUGGGCUAAUUUUUAUACUAUUUUUAAAAUAAUUCGUGAAAAUAAUUCACGAACAAAUACUGAUCAGAGUCAGUAAAUCCAUGGCAACCGACAUUUUACUCUAUUGAAUGUAUUCGAUUUUGCAUUAUUUCCGAAUUUUAUACAGCUAAUUGUAUUGAAGUCUAACGAUAAAAAACCAAAUUUUACUACAUCCCCUUUUUUGAUAAAUCAUAUUCGUGAUCACAACUAAUGGCGCUACAAAAAGCGUAUGCUGCACAAUAUGAAUGAAUAAAUGCACAUGUCGACAAUCGCGAUGUUCUGAUGAUGAACCGGAAAUCGACUGUUUGAUAUGAGAACAAUUUUUUUUUCCAAACCAAUGCGAAUUUUUCAUACAUUAAUUCAAAAUUGACAAAUACACAAAGUUUAAUCGCCAACCUAACGAAAAUAACGCUUGAAAAUUUAAAGUCAAAACAAAAAUUUUAUGUUGAUAUUUACAAAAGAAACUGAAUUUUUAAUUUCAUUUCGAUCCUAAAAUUGCAUACGCUUCAAUUGAGUUGUCAAAUGGGAAGACAAGGAAUUGAAGCGAUUGAUUCGAGUGUCGAAGAUUAUGAUACUAAUUUUGCCUUUUAUUAAGUUAUAAGAUGUUCUUCAUUCGACGAGAGAAUUCAACAUGUGAGAUUGAUUUAUUGAUUGAUUCAGUGACUGUGUACAUUUCCCUAAGCAAUAGCAUCAGAAUCAUAGUGUAUCGUCCUGGCAAGACAAAGAAUAGAAAAUUUUGCUUCAGGCUAGUAGAUGCAAUAAUUUAGAUGCAAAGGGACUGAGAGGUGUGUAAUUUUAUAUUCAUUUUCAUGUUUUAGUUUGUAAUAUUUAUGCCACUUUAUUUACCGCAUAGCCAUUUUAUAUACAAUUUAAUACAUACCUAGCAAAUAAUUAAACAAAUUAUUGAACUUUUAAUCGAAAUAAAUGGGCAUGAAAUCGAA